AUGGUGAAAGAAUGUAUGGAGGCGUUGGCAGACACGCUGUUUGAGGGUAAAGAAGGACAGCAGCUAAAACAAAAGGUUCGUCAGAUUCCUUUAUCAUUCACAACAACAACAAGAAGAGCUGAGCUACUGUCGGAAGAUGUGCAGUCCCAGCUUGACAGCGCCAUCCAAAGUGCCCCGUGCAUUGCGUUAGCUGCUGAUGAAUCAACUGACGUAAGUGACAACGCUCAGCUCUUGGUGUAUGUCCGAUUCUAUCAUGAGGAGACUAAAACAUUUGUAGAGGACAUUUUAGGCGUCACAGCUUUAAAAACGCACACCAGGGGAGAGGACAUAUAUUUGGCCAUAAAGGAAAUGCUGACAGAGAGGAGAAUCGAUGUAAAAAAUGUUGUCUCCAUCACCACUGACGGGGCACCGUCUAUGAUGGGAAGAGAAAAAGGUGCAGUCAGUCGACUGAAAGAGGACAACCCAGAGCUCUUGUCAUAUCACUGCAUUAUCCACAUGUCUGUUCUCUGCUCCACACUUUCAGAGCACCACGCAGAAGUUAUGAACACCAUCACCAAACUAGUUAACUUUCUCAGGGCUUCAUCAGCUCACCAGCAUCGUCUGCUCAGGGAGUUUUUAGCAGAAGUAGAUGCUCCUGCCAAUGACCUGCUCUUGCACUCCAAUGUCAGAUGGUUGAGUAAAGGGAAAGUGCUGGCUCGCUUUUGGAAGAUAAGAAAAGAAAUUAAAGAUUUCCUUGCACAACAAAAAAAUCACAAGGCUCAGGUGUUUUUGCACUUUUUAGGAGAGGAAAGUAACAUGGACACACUGGCCUUUCUGGUUGACAUCACAGGGCAUUUAAAUGACCUCAAUCUGAAGCUUCAAGGGAAAGACAAUUCUGUGUGUGACUUGGUGGCUGCAGUCCAGUCUUUUCAGAGGAAACUGGACAUUCUGAAAAUGGAUCUUGAGCAGGACUGUACACAUUUUCCUUCAAUGAAGGAGAUACAGGAGAUCAAUGUCACUGCUCAUUCUGACUUUAUCCAAAAGUUGAUUGAAAACUUUAAGGCUCGCUUUGAUGGCUUUGCAUUGGGAGAUCAGCUGAUGCUCUUUGUUAGGAGUCCAUUUUUUGUUAAGAAUGUUAUUUCUUUCUCAAAGGAGGCAGUACAUAUGUACAAAUGGGCUAAUGCACAGGCCCUUCAAAUGGAGCUAUUAGAUUUACAGGCUGAUGUAGUGUUGAGAGAGCAAUGUGAAUCCUCUGACCCUGUCACAUUUUGGCUGCAGACUGUGCCAAAGGCAAAGUUUCCUGUUUAA